AUGCCUCUUAUUCGCAAUAUCCAGAAUAGGCGCACCGUCCAAAGACAUAUCAACCCCCAGCGCAUCCUGCUUACAAGUCUUCUUCUUCCCGCCUUCGCCCUCGCCGACGAUGCGACCUCCUCAGAAAAGCAAGUCAGCGAGCCCUUCGUCGACCAAGUCACAGGCCUCACAAUGGAGCGCUUCAUCGGUACUCGAACCUCAUUCGCUUUCGCAUUCGCUCUACCAGACUCACAGCCCGCUACAAACAGCAGUGCGGCGGGUUCUUUCAUCGGUCAACUACAAUUUCCACUUUCUAACGGCGAAGGAUGGGGUGCAGCUGGUUUGACAGGAGAUAUGGAAGGUAACUUCAUCCUGGCAGCUUGGCCCGAUGGAAAAGGAGGAGUCAUGGCAUCCUUCCGACAGGCCAUAGAUGAAGAUAACCCUGCUGUGGUCAAGGGAAACUUCAAGGUCAGACCGCUGCCUGAUGGAGUCUCCGUUAACGAGACUUCAUUGCUAUACACAUUCCUGUGCGAGAACUGCCUCGACGGCACUCUUGGACUGGGCCCGGAGGCAGCCGUAGGCAACGCAGUUAUGGGCUGGGCCCUGUCCGCAAAGCCACCGAGAGGAGACGCCUCAGACCCUGCUGCGUUCCUUGGCUUCCAUGAGAGAGGUUUUGGACCUUUCACUGCUCGACUAGCUGAGGCCAAGAGCGCCGGAUUUGAUGCUGUAGCUGCCAAGGCUCUUGAUCCCGUGGGAGUCUCACCAAAGGCUGUCGCGACGGUCCCUAAUGCUUUCUUGGACGGCGAUAGUGGAGAUGAGGAUAGUGGUGAUGAAGACAGCGGAGAUGAGUCAGGACCUGGUGGACCGGGCGGCGCCAAUGAUGUUGACAGCGACUCAGGAGAUGACUCCGAUGAUGACGAUUAA